GGAAAUGGCCCAACAUCUCAGAGACAAGGUCCUGGGUGCCAUCCUGCACUGGCCACCAGCUCCUCCACGCAAUAAAAUUGACACCCAUCAUCACUUUGUGCCCGAUUUUUACGCCAAAGCAGUGGAAAGGGCAGGAGGGGAUCCCAGUGGUUGGCCUACGCCGACAUGGAGUUCCAAGAGUUCUCUGCAAUUGAUGGAUCGACUAGGCACCAGGACGGCCGUAUUAUCCGUCACAGCACCAGGAGCAUGCAUUGCGACCGGGGCCGAGUCCGCUGAGCUGGCACGCAGAUUGAAUCUCGAAGGAGCGAGAAUUCGCAACGGUAACCCGGCACGAUUUGGUUUCUUUGCAAGUCUCCCCGAUAUCCUGGACACAACUGCCGCUCUCAAAGAGUUACGCUAUGCACUCGACAACCUUGAAGCAAACGGCGUGACUCUGUACACACGAUAUGGCAAAUCUAAUGUCUAUCUCGGACACCCUGCCCUUGAGCCAGUUUGGGCCGAGUUGAACCGGCGAAAAUGCGUGGUGUUCAUCCACCCAACACAUCCGGUCGACACCAGUCCUGUCAACAAGCAUAUGCCUCAGCCGAUGAUCGACUAUCCACACGAAACAAGCCGGGCCGCCAUGGAUCUGAUCAUGACGGGCACGUUGAACAAAUAUCGUGACUGCAAAGUGAUCCUGUCCCACGCCGGUGGGACCUUGCCAUACAUCAUCAGUCGGAUCGCCACGCCCCUGAGCAAAACCCCGGACCUGGCGGCGAAGGCUGCAAUCGGCGUCACGCACAAAACGGUGAUCGAAAACUUCCGGAGGUUUUACUUUGAUUUGGCGCUGUCGAGCUCACCCGCCGUGCUGAACAUGCUCCUGGAACUGGUUCCUCAUGACCAUAUCCUCUAUGGGAGUGACUUUCCUUACGCUCCUUUGCCGGCGUACCCGGCAUUUCUGGAGCAACUCGAGACGUUUCAGAUGGACCAGGAAUUGCGCGAGAAGAUCAACUUCCGCAACGCCCUGACCUUGUUCCCGAGCCUUGAGCGGUCCUCGAUUUGAUCGAGGUCCCGUGAGACGUGACUGUUGCUCAUUCUCUGUUCCGUGCGGAUGAGUCUGACGAUGAGAUUCUUCUUUGGACGCGCGAUAUAAUAGGAGGAGUCUGACAGGGUCAGGGCCAGUCUGGCCUAUGCACCAUAGACAG